CAGUGUUAACGUGGAAAAACUCCUACAAGAUGGCCCCAUAGUUUAUGAGAAAAAUUUCCUUACAUCGAAUGGGAAUUCGAAGUUGUUAACGAAGUACCUUAAUGCAUUGCCAGCAAGUGUCUAUCAGCAAACUGGAGUCAGAUGCGAGAGAUUGUUUUCUGGCAUUCAUUCCACGAACGAAACGUUGCUAGCACUGACCUACAUGGACAACAACAUCAAGCCGGUCACUACGAUCGAGGAUUUUGAUUGGAUGGCUGAUAAUUGUACGAAUUUUAAAGAGAAGCGUGCUUACAUGCCACUGCCAGAGUCUGAGCAGGAGGCCUCCUUCCCUAUCGCAUACAGCAUCCUAGCCUACCAAGAUUUAGAACAGUUGGAGAAACUUCUAAGAGCUAUUUACGCACCUCAAAAUUUUUACUGCAUACACGUCGAUGCGAAAAUUUCAGAGAAAAUUUUGAAAGUUAUCCAGAAGAUAGUUUCCUGCUUCACUAACGUAUUUUUUCCUGACGAAUUAGUGACCGUGUGGUGGGGUCAUAUCAGCAUAAUGCAUGCAGAGAUGCUGUGCCUAGAAAAGUUGUUGCAGCACAAAUGGAAGUAUUUUAUAAAUUUGAGUGGCCAGAUGUUCCCACUGAAGAGUAACGCGGAGAUUGUCAGUGUCCUUAAGAUGUUCAACGGAGCCAACGAUAUUGAAGGCAGCUCCAAAAAAGAUUUUCACAAAUGGUUCCGACAGGCACUGAAAUGGAAACAUUCAAAACUGAUUAAUUCCAACGUCUUCAUGCCGAUGUUUAAAUCAACCCCGCCACACAACGUGACCCUUUACACCGGCACCAAUCAAGUCAUCAUAUCCCGAAAGUUUGCCGUGUACUUCUUAUAUUCCAAAAUAUCCCUAGACCUCAUAGAAUGGUUCUCAGACACACUCGUACCAGAUGAAUAUAUCUGGCCAACACUGAACCACAAUCCUCACCUCCAAGUUCCUGGCGGCUACAAAGGCAACCCGGACACGAAGCCCUUCAUAUCCCGAUUGACACUCUGGAAACCAAUACUCCCAAUCAGUCCCAGGCUGGCCGACUGGGACUGCAAGGGAAUGUUCAUCCGAAACAUCUGCAUCUUCGGGGUGGGUGACCUAACCUGGAUUGUGAAGCACCCCCAGCUCUUCGUUAACAAGUUCCACAGCGAUUAUCAGUGGCUAUCGCUAGAGUGCAUGGAAGAACUUGUCUUCAACAAAACUAAAAACUAUUUGCUUCAAUACGGUAAAAAAAAAUCACAAAAUUCAGAUAAAAAUUCAGUCGGAGCGUACGAUGAUUUUAAUUUAGGUAAACUUAGUGAUCUAACUUUUUAUGAAAAUUUACCAUUCAUCCUCGAUCCGUCGCUUGUUAAUACCAAUGAAGAAUUAGAUUUCAACAAAUUGUUCAAAUGAUUGCAUGUAUGUAACGUAAAAAAUAAGCAUUAUUUCAACCAUACAUGUAUGAACACCAACCACAAAUUUGUGUCACAGAGUCAAGUUCCAUAAUUAUAAGUGUUACUUGAAGGCGUAUUUUAAACGUGCAUAUGAUAUGUAGUGCUCAAGUCCAUCUAUUUGUUAUAUUUUAUGAAAGUUGGUAAGUGUUUGUGUGCGUAUUUCUCUCUCUCUUUUUAUUUGUGUGAGAGAGCGAGAGAUAUUGUGUUGCUAUUUGGCAUUUGAAUGCCCGCGCUAAAGAGCCUGCGUGAAUAAUUUUUAAUAUCAAAUAAUAAACGAAAGUAUUGAUAAUUUAUCUUCUGAUCCAUCCUUUCAAACUUUUAAAUAUACAAUUCUGUCGUUUUCUGUCGUGCGUCAACAUCGUUUGUAACUUCUAACAGUU